AUGUCGAUCGAAGGCAAGGAGGCCGCUAUCUCGGAGCCGUCGCUCAACCAGCAGGGUGGAGCUGUCGACCUUAACGCCCGCCGUCGCGCUGCUCUUGCGGAAAUCGACAAUGCCAAGUUCGGCUGGUUCCACGUCAAGGCCUGCGCCGUCGCUGGUGUCGGUUUCUUCACGGAUGCCUACGAUAUCUUCGCCAUCAACCUCUGCGCUGCCAUGAUCGGCUACGUCUACAACAUGGGUGCCCACAAGGGCGCGUUGACGGCGAACCAAGACUUGGGACUCAAGAUUGCGACUCCCGUUGGUACCCUCGUCGGACAACUCUUCUUCGGCUGGCUCGCCGACAUCGUCGGCAGGAAGAAAAUGUAUGGGUUCGAGCUUAUUAUCAUCAUUAUCGCCACUCUCGGCCAGGCCGUCGCUGGCCACGGGCCGGCAGUCUCGAUUAUCGGCGUUCUCGUCAUGUGGCGGUUCAUCAUGGGCGUCGGCAUCGGCGGCGACUACCCCCUCUCGUCGGUCAUCACCUCCGAGUUCGCCGCGACCCGCAUCCGCGGUCGCAUGAUGGUCGCGACCUUCUGGUCGCAGGGAUGGGGUCAGCUCGCCGCGGCCAUCGUCACCAUCGUCUGCCUCGCCGCCUUCAAGAAGCAGAUCCUCAACGACCCCGUCGGCUACGCCCACCACCUCGACUUUGUCUGGCGUCUCGUCAUCGGUCUCGGUGCGGUCCCCGGCGCCGUCGCCCUCUACUUCCGUCUCACCCUCCCGGAGACUCCCCGCUUCACGAUGGACGUCGAGCGCAACAUCAAGCAGGCCGCUAGCGACGUCGACGCCUUCCUCCAGACCGGCGGCUACGUCCAGGACUCGACCCCCGCCGUCACGCAGAUUGCCGCGCCCAAGGCCACCUUCCGCGACUUCCGCCAGCACUUCGGCCAGUGGAAGAACGGCAAGGUCCUCUUCGGCACCGCGUGGUCGUGGUUCGCGCUCGACGUUGGGUUCUACGGACUCGGAUUGAACUCGUCGAUCAUCUUGACCGCCAUCGGAUACUCGUCGCCCUCGAGCGGCACGCCCCAGCACAUUCGCUACUACUCGCUCUACAACAAUGCGGUCGGCAACAUCAUCAUCACCGUGGCCGGUCUCAUCCCUGGUUUCUGGGCGGCCUUUUUCCUCAUAGACCGAAUCGGUCGCAAGCCUCUCCAGCUCAUCGGCUUCGCGCUCCUCACCGUCACUCUCUGCUGCAUGGGCUUCGGCUACCACAAGCUCAAGGACAACGCCGUCGGCGCUUUCGUCUUCCUCUACUGCAUCACCAACUUCCUUCAGAACUUCGGCCCGAACACGACGACCUUCAUCAUCCCCGGCGAGGUCUUCCCGACUCGCUACCGCUCCACCGCUCACGGUAUCUCGGCUGCGUCGGGCAAGUUCGGCGCCAUCAUCGCCCAGAUCAUGGCGUUCAAGUUGAAGGACCGCGGAGGCAAGAACGCCUUUGUCCCCCACAUCCUCGAGAUCUUCGCCCUCUUCAUGCUUACGGGCGUCUUCUCGACCCUCCUCCUCCCCGAGACCAAGGGCAAGACGCUCGAGGAGCUUUCGGGCGAGGACAACGACCACUUCAUCGCGGACACCCCCGCUCCUCACGGCGCCGCCCGCGUCUAA